UGGAUCUGAAAAUCCAUCUGGCCAUGCCUGUAGCAGCCUUGCCUUGACAUCUGCAACUGUGGUUUGAUCAGACAGCACAUCACGCUUCGUCGCGACCAACUCUGCUUUCGCUUCCAAGUCUGACGAAUGAUUUAGAGAAGCAACAGUGGCAGGCGAGCCAGGUACGAGCGAGGCAUCUGCUUCUGCUGGACAUGCAGGCGACAUUAUCGCACUUGCACUUGCAGCUGCAGCUGGAUUGGCGAAGCGUAUAAUGGCGCGCGAUCCAGAUUGCGCAAGAACAGUGAUGUCCAUGGCUUGCCUCAGCCCUUCGGCAGUAUGAUAGCUUGAAGAGCAAGGAAGAAGAGCUCUGAAAGUGAAUAGAUUGGGCAGCUGUUCUUUGUCUUUGUCAAAGUUGCGCGCUUCAAUUGCGGGGGGCGACAACGACACCAUCGACUAACAUUAUAUCUCUUGUGUUCUAGAAGUAGCUGGCCAGAUGACUGUAGACUUAUUGAUAUUGGGCGCAGGAUGGACAUCAACCUUCUUGAUUCCUCUGUGCAAGGAACGCAACAUCUCCUUUGCAGCAACAACGACAACAGGCCAUGACGGCACAAUCGCCUUCAAAUUCGAUGACCAAGCAGCCGACAGCAGCGCAUACAAGCAUCUCCCAGAAGCCAAACACGUUCUCAUCACAUUUCCAAUCAAAGGCCACGGCGGAAGCAAGAAAUUGGUGCAAUUCUACCAGGAAACGCACAAGACGAAGCCAAAGUAUAUUCAACUCGGGUCGACGGGUAUCUGGCAAUCUGCAGCAACACGACCAGGUCAUACCGCUGCUGAUAGUACAAGUGCCGCACAGCCCACACAAACCACUUGGAUUUCACGACACUCGCCAUACGACACGACUGAUCCACGCGCCAUUGCAGAAGACGAACUCAAACAACUUGGUGGUUGUAUCCUCAAUCUCUCAGGACUCUGGGGCGGUUCUCGCCAACCCCGUACCUUUGUCGAUCGAAUUGUCAAAUCAAAAGCUGAUGCAAAGGAGAAGAAGUCACUGCAUAUGGUGCAUGGUCAAGAUGUAGCAAGAGCCAUAUUAGCAGUGAUGGGCGCUUGGCCUGGUCCAAGUCGUUGGAUGUUGACAGAUGGAUUUGUGUAUGAUUGGUGGGCGCUCAUGCUUGGUUGGGGUUCAUCGAGUGCUGCUGCAAAGGCAGAGACAGACGGCGAUGCACACGGUGAAGUAUUGACGUGGAUCCUUGAGUUGAUGCAGGAAACGGGCACAAAGGCGCUGCCGCGAAGCAUGGAGACGCUAGGCCGAUGCUACGAUGCAAUUGAGUUUUGGCAAACAUUCAAGAUUACGCCUGUUCGCGCACGCAUCUAGAGUUUCGUUUGCUGUGGUUUGUUGCAAAAGUCAUGUAGCGAGUCUAGCCAAGCAUCACUAUAGCGCUCGCCAAAUAAGCUUCGUCGUUC